AUGCUGUCGAGAAAAGUGCUCUUAUUUGGCUUCUUGUGCUGUGCAAUCAUUGCAAUCAAUGCUCGUUAUGUGAGUGAUGAUAUGGAGUAUGCUGCAUCAGGAAAAGAUGAGAAAUGGGAAAAAGGAGGUGGAGGUGAUCAUCACGAAAGCGAACAUUCGUCACAUGGCGACAAAGGAGAGAAAGGCUACAAGGAAGGCCAUGAGCAUGAUGAAGGCAAAAAAGGUCAUCACGAUAAGGAAGAUCAUAAAAAGUCGUAUCACGAAGAAGAUGGGCACAAGAAAAAGCACCACGAUGAAGGUGGCUAUCAUAGCGAAAAGAAGAAGGGAGAAAAGGGUGAGAAAGGAAGCAAAUGGGAGGAACAUGGAUCUUUCAAGAAAGGUCAUUCUACAAAGGGAAAACACGAAAUUCAUAAAUUAGAUGAAUUUAAGAAGGAGAAGAAAUUCUUCGAUGAGGACGGUGAUGAAGGAUUUGAUGAGGGCGAGGGCUAUUUCCAUGAAGAGUCUGGACAUAAGAAGGGUGGAAAGAAGAAGGAAGGUCACCACAAAUCGGGCAAGCAUAGCGACCACUUCAGCAAGAAAGGAAGCCAUAAAAAGGGAAGCCACCACCAUGACGACCAUGGCCAUAAGAAAGAAGAUGGGCAUGAGGAACAUUAUGGACAUAAGGAAGAACAUGGUAAAAAGGGCGGCUCAGACCAUCAUAAGAAAUGGGGACACAAAAAAGGAAAAGGCCAUUAAGUCAAUGAAAUUAAAUCUUCUAAUGUGAUGUGCUAGCUUUUACACUGCAAUAAUAAAACAUGACAGCUUUUAACUAAAACUCUUAAACAAA